AUGUCGACUUCGAUUGCCAAGACGCUCUUCCCUGGUGUGGCCGUGGUGACCGGGGCUGGUGGAACCGGAAUUGGUGCUGCUGUUGCGAGGGCUUUUGCCGCCGCAGGAUGCGAGCGCAUAGCAAUUACAGAUUUGAAUGAAGUUACCUUGGAGCAGACAAAACAAGCUGUCGCCGCAGCUCAUCCCAACGUGCGGUUACUGGUCCAUCCCGGAAACGUGGCCGACGAUCAAUUCGCGGAUUCUUUCAUCGACAAAGUCGUGCAAUACUUCGGUCGCGUUGACUAUGCCGUUAACUGUGCUGGUGUCCUCGGUCAGCCUUUGCGGUCGGCGGAAACCAGCGUCGCAGAAUUCGAUCGCGUGAACAAUAUCAAUUACCGAGGCUGCUGGCUGUCCUCUCGAGCACAGCUCAAGCAGAUGGUUAGACAGGAUGCUCUACCUAGCCAUGAUUCGAGUCGUUCUCCGCAACGUGGUGCGAUAGUAAAUGUUGCCAGUCAGUUGGGGAUUGUGAGUCGGCCCAGCGCACCGGCAUACUGUGCUUCAAAGUCUGCAGUUAUCGGCAUGACUCGUUCAGAUGCAAUUGACUACUCCAAAGACGGCAUCAGAGUGAACUGCGUAUGCCCCGGUGUCAUUGAAACCCCAAUGACUAUGGGCAACACUGAAAUUCGGGAAGCUAUCACUCCCGCGAUAGAGAUAGCUCCUAUGAAGAGAAUGGGAAAGCCAGAGGAGGUAGCUGAUGCAGUAUUAUUUCUUUGUUCUACGAAGGCGUCUUUUGUACAGGGCCAUGCUAUGGUGGUUGACGGUGGAUAUAUCACAGUGUAA